GAAAGAACUCCUUUACGUGCCACUUCACAGUAUUCAAAACAAGGAGCUUUAUUUACUUUCUGGCUCUGCUUCCUUCCCUGCUGUUCUUCUGCCUGGACAGACUACACGAUGGACAGGGUCUUACUGGGCUGGACCACUUUCCUGUGGAUGACAGCUGUGACUGAAGCAGUGCAUGUUAUGGUGCCCGAGAAGAAACAGGUAGCAAUGCUCUUUCAACCAGUUGUGCUUCGAUGCCGGUUUUCAACUUCCUCAACACAACCAGCUGUGGUGCAAUGGAAAUUCAAAUCCUAUUGCCAAGAUCGCAUGGGAGAAGCUCUGGGAGUUGUCUCCGCAGGGAUCCAGGCAAUAAACAAGAGGAAUUUGGAAUGGGAUCCGUAUUUGGAUUGUGUGGAUAGCAGGAGAACUGUCCGCAUUGUGGCAUCCAAACAGGGCUCGGUGGUCACGACAGGAGAGUUCUACAAAGGAAGAGACAUCUCCAUUGUCCAUGAUGCAGACCUCCACAUUGGAAAACUGAUGUGGGGAGACAGUGGAUUGUAUUACUGCCUUGUCAUCACACCUGACGAUGUAGAAGGCAAGAAUGAGGAAUCAGUGGAGCUACUUGUUUUGGGCAGGACAGGGAUGCUUGCUGGUCUCUUACCCAGUUUUGCUGUGGAUAUUAUGUCAGAAUGGAUGUUUGUAGGCUUGGUGAUCCUGGGGUUUUUCCUUUUCUUUCUCCUAGUUGGCAUUUGCUGGUGCCAAUGCUGUCCUCAUAACUGCUGCUGUUACAUUCGGUGCCCUUGCUGUCCAGAUACCUGCUGCUGUCCACGAGCAUUGUAUGAAGCAGGAAAAGCUGCAAAAGCUGGAUAUCCUCCGGCAGUCACAUCAAUCCCAGGUCCAUACUGUAUCCCUACUGUUUUGGGUAGUGGCGUCCCAUCUCAUGCUGUCCUUGUAGAGAAGUCACAUCUACCUCCCUUGGCACCAAGUGAAUCUGUUGCAGGAACACAAAGUGUGCACAAGGGUUACCGAAUACAAACUGACAAAGACAGAGAUUCAAUGAAGGUGCUAUACUAUGUUGAGAAAGAAUUGGCUCAGUUUGACCCAGCCAGAAGGAUGCGAGAAAGAUACAAUAACACCAUCUCAGAGCUCAGUUCUUUACACGAUGGGGGUGCCAACUUCCGCCACUCUUACCGUCAGAUGUGCAGGAAAGCACUUCCUCCUUCAGGAGACACGGGUGGUGAUGCUGAGUACUGGACAGGGGUCGUUAGUGGAAGUGGUACAUCCAGGCCACAAACACGUUCUGAUUACAGGGAAGACAGAGGAAGCUUCAGAAUGAGCCAGCAGAGAUCAAAGUCAGAAAUGCUUUCAAGAAAGAAUUUUUCUUUUGGAGUGCCAGCUGUCUCCAUGGAUGAAUUAGCAGCCUUUGCUGAAUCUUACAGUCAACAGGUCCAUCGGACUGAGGCGAGUCAGGAGCCACGACACUUUGAGAGAACAGGAUCAAGGGUGGGGUCAGUACAACAUAUAGAGAAUUCAGAUGAUUUUUAUGGCAAACGCAGGGGAGGAAAUCGUGAACCAGUAACAGAUCCAGACCGGGGAUGGAAAUAUAGCCCACCCAGAAGACGUUUACAUGAAGAGAAACACCUGCCUAGGCUAGUGUGUCGGACACCUGGAGGAAGUCAGAAGUAUGAUCACUCCUACCUCACUAGUGCUCUUGAAAGGAAAUCACGAAGCUAUGAUGAGAAUGGUGAACAUAGUGAGACACCUUCAAAGCUCAGUUCGCAAUCCAGCCAAAGGGGAGGAUCUUACUAUGCAUGGUCACCACCAUCAACUUACAAAGCAGAACAGCAGCAGCAACAACCUCCACAGCAAGAGGAAGGAGAAGAUACUCUGCCACCUUACAGCGAGAGGGAAUUGAGCCGGGGUUCUUCAUACAAAAACAGAGAACAACCUAACUUCAAUUCAUCAGAGAAGAAAAGGAAAAAAGAGACCCCCAAAACAAAUGAAUUCCCAACCAGGAUGUCCCUUGUGGUUUAAUGUUGCUAUAGAAGAGUUGUCUUAAUGGACUGGGAAAACAAGCAAAGUCAUGAAGUCUAAAAGAAAUAAAUGCUUUCAUAGGGAUUUGUAUGUUUCAUCUUGUGAUCUGAGAUCUUAUCUUAUAGGCAGUGUUAGCCAGCUGAUCUCAUGCAAUUGAUGGACUAACCCUUGGAAAGGAACAGCUCACUUGACCAAGAAAUGAAACACAAAGGUUCUUUUGGCAAGUUUAUCUUCGGAUGUUUUUCUGCAAAGGUGCUGCCUUUAUAUUCUAUCUUGAGCCCUCUCUGGAACAUUUGCAGUUUUAGAGAAGCAACUUCAGUGUAUAGUAGAAUUUUUCCUUCUGAUAUGGCAGACUUUCCACAUGCACUGGAUCUUAUGUUUCACUGGAAACAUUGCCCCAUUUCUCUGCUGAAUCACAGACAGACGGAAAUAGAGACUUCCUAUAAAUACUUAGUGAUUGUUGUAAUUUAAGAAAUACUUUUCAAGAACAUCUGGAAAAGGAAAUCUUCAUCCUUUUGGAAAUGUACUGAAACAGAGAUGUGGAGCAUUGGACUAUGAAGAACAAAACAGCAAUGUAUGACAUCUGAAGUUUGUUUGUUAUUGUUUUUUAAUGUCCUGUUCAUUCAGUUAAUGGGAGAUGCCAGUGAGAUUAAUGUUUUAUUUUGAAAGUGAAACUCAAUAUAUUUUGCUGUAAUGAAAAUGUUCCAUGUUAUUUCGCUAUUGUCUGUUAUGAUGUAUCAGCAUUGCCUUACAGAUAAAGUAUAGCCGUAAAAGGCUUCAGCUGGGGUUAGUGAAUGGUCCUAUCAUAAGAUGAGUUCAAGCUCAGAUUCUGCUGACAGUACUCUUUGGACAAUUAUCAUUGUUUUAGAAAACCAAUUGGAAGGAGAUACUACAAUUAGAAAGAAUAAAAUGAGAUGCAAAGAAAAUGCACAUGCACACAUACAGGAAUACAUACAUACAGAGAUAAAGUGAAAACAAAGAAUAUAUCUAUGUAAAUCUCUUUCUCCAUUUUUUAUACUUAUACACAGAUCAGUAUUACUAUGUGAUUGUUAUUACUGGUUGAGACUAUUCUAAAAGCAAUAGAAAAAAAAUCCUAAAAAUAAAAACAGUUUGAUAAACGUGACCAUUAAGAACUACUUCAUGGUUUUUUUAAAAAAAAAACAUUAAUAGUCUAACAAUAAGUGGCAGCAUUAGCAGCUUAAAGAGCCUUGAGUUUGGUUUCUUUUGUAUCAUGCUGAAGACAUCAGGAAAUUUUAAAAACACUAAACAUUUUCCCAUGCAUAUUUUUUAAUAAUAAAAAGGGUUUAAAAUGUUAAAAAAAAACAUGUCUUAAAAUUUUGAAAGAUUCCAUGUGAAGACCCAGAAAAUUUGAGACAGUUUCCAACCUUGUGAAACUUUAUUAUUUUUUUUAUGAUUAAACUAGCUUUAUUUUGUAAUAUUGCAGAAGCCAUGCUAUCAUUUUUCCUUCUGUUAACAAAUAACACAAGGACCCCUUUUAACAAAUAAUAGCAAUGAUUCCUGCUUAGUUGAUAUCCUAAUAUAAACCAUUUUAUUUUAUGUGAUAACACUAGCAAGACAGUUUGAUUUCUUUUCUGAAAUGUUAGGUUUUUUUC